CAGCGUGGACAGCCGUGUCCCCGGUGGGCCGCCGACCUCCAACCUGCGCAAACAGAAGUCGCUCACCAACCUCUCGUUUCUCACGGACUCCGAGAAAAAGCUGCAGCUGUAUGAGCCUGAGUGGAGCGAUGAUAUGGCCAAGGCACCCAAGGGUUUGGGCAAAUUGGGGCCCAAGGGCCGCGAGACUCCUCUAAUGUCUAAGACACUGUCCAAAUCAGAGCAUUCGCUCUUCCAGCCCAAAGGCGGCCCUACGGGUGGCGCCAAGACCCCACUGGCUCCACUAGCACCCAGCCUAGGCAAACCGAGCCGGAUUCCUCGCGGACCCUAUGCAGAGGUCAAGCCUCUCAGCAAGGCGCCUGAGGCAGCGGUGAGCGACGAUGGCAAAUCGGAUGAUGAGCUGCUUUCCAGCAAGGCUAAGGCGCAAAAGGGCUCAGGGACGGUGCCCUCAGCCAAGGGCCAGGAGGAGCGGGCCUUCCUUAAGGUAGACCCCGAGCUGGUGGUGACCGUGCUGGGCGACCUGGAGCAGCUACUCUUCAGCCAAAUGCUGGAUCCGGAGUCACAGAGAAAGAGGACAGUACAGAAUGUUCUGGAUCUUCGACAGAACCUGGAAGAAACCAUGUCCAGCCUUCGAGGCUCCCAGGUGACGCACAGCUCCCUGGAGAUGACUUGUUACGACAGCGAUGAUGCCAACCCUCGAAGUGUGUCCAGCCUCUCCAACCGCUCCUCUCCUCUCUCCUGGCGCUAUGGCCAGUCCAGCCCCCGGCUGCAGGCUGGCGAUGCACCGUCUGUUGGGGGGAGCUGCCGCUCCGAGGGGCCGCCGGCCUGGUACAUGCAUGGGGAACGCGCACACUACUCCCACACGAUGCCUAUGCGGAGCCCUAGCAAGCUCAGCCACAUCUCCCGCCUGGAGUUGGUGGAGUCCCUGGACUCUGAUGAGGUGGACCUCAAGUCCGGCUACAUGAGUGACAGUGACCUCAUGGGCAAGACCAUGACGGAGGAUGAUGACAUCACAACAGGCUGGGAUGAGAGCAGUUCCAUCAGCAGUGGGCUCAGCGAUGCCUCAGACAACCUCAGCUCAGAAGAGUUCAAUGCUAGCUCCUCACUCAACUCCCUCCCUACUACUCCUACUGCUUCCCGCAGGAGCUCUACAAUAGUGCUACGCACAGACUCAGAGAAGCGCUCUCUGGCAGAAAGUGGGCUGAACUGGUUUAGUGAAUCAGAGGAGAAGGCCCCCAAAAAACUGGAGUACGACAGUGGCAGCCUGAAGAUGGAACCUGGGACUUCAAAGUGGCGGAGAGAGCGGCCAGAAAGUUGUGAUGACUCCUCCAAGGGUGGAGAACUGAAAAAGCCCAUCAGCCUGGGACACCCAGGGUCCCUGAAGAAGGGCAAGACCCCACCAGUGGCUGUCACCUCUCCCAUCACUCAUACAGCCCAGAGUGCCCUCAAAGUUGCAGGCAAGCCUGAAGGCAAAGCUACAGAUAAGGGCAAGCUCACAGUGAAGAACACUGGGUUACAGCGCUCCUCUUCUGAUGCUGGUCGGGACCGCCUGAGUGAUGCUAAGAAGCCUCCAUCGGGCAUUGCUCGCCCCUCUACUUCAGGAUCCUUUGGCUAUAAGAAGCCGCCCCCUGCUACUGGCACAGCUACUGUCAUGCAGACAGGUGGCUCAGCCACCCUCAGCAAGAUCCAGAAAUCCUCAGGCAUUCCUGUCAAGCCAGUAAAUGGGCGAAAGACGAGUUUAGAUGUGUCCAACAGUGCAGAGCCGGGGUUUCUGGCUCCUGGAGCCCGGUCCAACAUCCAGUAUCGAAGCCUGCCCAGGCCAGCCAAAUCCAGUUCAAUGAGUGUGACUGGUGGGCGGGGUGGACCUCGCCCUGUUAGCAGCAGCAUUGACCCCAGUCUCCUCAGCACCAAGCAGGGAGGCCUUACACCCUCCAGACUGAAGGAACCUUCCAAGGUUGCCAGUGGUCGUACCACUCCGGCUCCUGUCAAUCAGACAGAUCGGGAAAAGGAAAAGGCCAAAGCCAAGGCUGUGGCCUUGGACUCAGACAACAUCUCCUUGAAGAGCAUUGGCUCUCCAGAAAGCACUCCUAAGAACCAAGCAAGCCACCCUCCAGCCACCAAGUUAGCAGAGCUGCCACCAACCCCUCUCAGGGCCACAGCUAAAAGCUUUGUCAAGCCACCCUCACUAGCCAAUCUAGACAAGGUCAACUCCAACAGUUUGGAUCUACCAUCUUCCAGCGACACCCAUGCUUCAAAGGUCCCAGAUCUGCAUGCUACAAGCUCAUCAACAGGGGGCCCUCUCCCUUCUUGCUUCACCCCCAGUCCAGCACCCAUCCUCAAUAUUAACUCAGCCAGCUUCUCCCAGGGCCUGGAGCUAAUGAGUGGUUUCAGUGUCCCAAAAGAGACCCGCAUGUACCCCAAACUCUCAGGCCUGCACAGGAGCAUGGAGUCCCUCCAGAUGCCGAUGAGCCUGCCCAGUGCCUUCCCCAGCAGUUCUCCCGUCCCCACCCCACCUGCUGCCCCCGCCGCCCCAUCAGAGGAAGAGACCGAAGAGCUGCCCUGGAGUGGAAGCCCCAGAGCUGGACAGUUGGACAGCAGUCAGCGGGAUCGGAACACUCUACCCAAGAAAGGACUCAGGUACCAGCUUCAGUCCCAGGAGGAGACCAAGGAGAGGCGCCACUCCCACACCAUCGGUGGACUUCCCGAAUCCGACGACCAGGCAGAGCUGCCAUCUCCCCCUGCACUCUCCAUGUCCUUGAGUGCAAAGGGCCAGCUUACCAACAUAGUGAGUCCCACUGCGGCCACCACGCCAAGAAUCACCCGCUCCAACAGCAUCCCCACCCACGAGGCGGCCUUCGAGCUGUACAGCGGCUCCCAAAUGGGGAGCACCCUGUCCCUGGCCGAGAGAUCCAAGGGAAUGAUUCGGUCAGGAUCCUUCCGCGACCCCACGGAUGAUGUUCAUGGUUCGGUGUUGUCUCUGGCCUCCAGUGCCUCCUCCACCUACUCCUCACAAAUCCGGAAGCUUCGUCGGGAACUGGAAUCAUCCCAGGAAAAAGUGGCCACCCUGACAUCUCAGCUUUCUGCCAAUGCUAACCUGGUGGCUGCUUUCGAGCAAAGCCUAGUGAACAUGACAUCCCGCUUGCGACACCUGGCGGAGACAGCUGAGGAAAAGGACACUGAGCUGCUGGACUUGAGAGAAACUAUAGACUUCCUGAAGAAAAAGAACUCUGAGGCCCAGGCGGUCAUUCAGGGAGCACUGAAUGCCUCAGAAGCCACACCCAAAGAACUCCGGAUCAAGAGACAGAACUCCUCAGAUAGCAUCUCCAGUCUCAACAGCAUCACCAGCCAUUCCAGCAUUGGCAGCAGCAAGGAUGCUGAUGCCAAAAAGAAGAAGAAGAAGAGCUGGCUUCGAAGUUCCUUCAACAAAGCCUUCAGCAUUAAAAAGGGCCCCAAGUCAGCCUCCUCAUACUCUGAUAUUGAGGAGAUUGCCACACCUGACUCCUCAGCCCCGUCAUCCCCAAAACUACAGCAUGGCUCCACGGAGACUGCAUCCCCCUCCAUCAAGUCCUCCACCUCAUCCUCUGUGGGCACUGAGGUCACCGAGGCCCCUGCUCAUUCGGUCCCCCACACUAGACUGUUCCAAGCCAGUGAGGAGGAGGAGCCAGAGAAGAAGGAGGUAUCGGAGCUGCGCUCUGAACUCUGGGAGAAAGAAAUGAAGCUUACGGAUAUCCGGUUGGAGGCCCUGAACUCUGCCCACCAGCUAGACCAGCUUCGAGAGACCAUGCACAAUAUGCAGCUGGAGGUGGACCUCCUGAAAGCGGAGAAUGACCGACUGAAGGUUGCCCCCGGCCCCUCCUCAGGCUCCACUCCGGGGCAGGUCCCUGGAUCCUCUGCUCUGUCCUCCCCUCGACGUUCCCUGGGCCUCGCUCUCAGCCACCCCUUCAGUCCCAGUCUUGCAGAUACAGAUCUGUCACCCAUGGAUGGCAUCAGCACCUGUGGUCCGAAGGAAGAGGUGACCCUGCGGGUGGUGGUGCGAAUGCCGCCCCAGCACAUCAUCAAAGGGGACUUAAAGCAGCAGGAGUUCUUCUUGGGAUGCAGCAAGGUCAGUGGCAAGGUGGACUGGAAGAUGCUGGAUGAAGCUGUUUUCCAGGUGUUCAAGGACUAUAUUUCUAAAAUGGACCCAGCUUCCACCCUGGGACUAAGCACCGAGUCCAUACAUGGCUAUAGCCUCAGCCAUGUGAAACGAGUGUUGGAUGCUGAGCCUCCAGAGAUGCCGCCUUGCCGCCGAGGCGUCAAUAACAUCUCAGUCUCCCUCAAGGGUCUGAAGGAGAAGUGUGUCGACAGCCUGGUGUUCGAGACGCUCAUCCCCAAGCCCAUGAUGCAGCACUACAUAAGCCUCCUGCUCAAGCACCGGCGCCUCGUGCUCUCCGGCCCCAGCGGCACUGGCAAGACCUACUUGACCAAUCGGCUGGCCGAGUAUUUGGUGGAGCGCUCGGGCCGGGAGGUCACCGAUGGCAUCGUCAGCACUUUCAACAUGCACCAGCAGUCUUGCAAGGAUCUGCAACUGUACCUCUCCAACCUGGCCAACCAGAUAGACCGGGAAACAGGAAUUGGGGAUGUGCCCUUGGUGAUCCUAUUGGAUGACUUGAGUGAAGCAGGCUCCAUCAGUGAGCUGGUUAAUGGGGCCCUUACCUGCAAGUAUCACAAAUGUCCCUAUAUCAUAGGUACCACCAAUCAGCCCGUAAAAAUGACACCCAAUCAUGGCUUGCACUUGAGCUUCAGGAUGCUGACCUUCUCUAACAACGUGGAGCCAGCCAAUGGCUUUCUGGUCCGUUACCUGCGGAGGAAGUUGGUAGAGUCAGACAGUGACAUCAAUGCUAACAAGGAAGAGCUGCUUCGGGUGCUGGACUGGGUGCCAAAGCUGUGGUAUCACCUCCACACCUUCCUAGAGAAGCACAGCACCUCCGACUUCCUCAUUGGCCCUUGCUUCUUUCUGUCCUGCCCCAUUGGCAUUGAGGACUUCCGGACCUGGUUCAUUGACCUGUGGAACAAUUCUAUCAUUCCCUAUCUACAAGAAGGAGCCAAGGAUGGGAUCAAGGUACAUGGACAGAAAGCUGCGUGGGAAGAUCCAGUGGAGUGGGUCCGGGACACUCUUCCCUGGCCGUCAGCCCAACAAGACCAAUCAAAGCUAUGCCACUUGCCCCCGCCCUCUGUGGGUCCUCACAGCAUUGCCUCACCUCCAGAGGACAGGACAGUCAAAGACAGCACCCCAAGCUCCCUGGACUCAGACCCUCUGAUGGCCAUGCUGCUGAAACUUCAAGAGGCUGCCAACUAUAUUGAGUCACCAGACCGAGAGACUAUCCUGGACCCCAACCUCCAGGCCACACUCUGAGGGCCCAGCAGUCACUGUCACCCUGGACAGCAGAAGGCUGGCUUCAGCUUCAUUAGUCUCCUCUCCCCUCUUCUUUUGGAGCUCUGGCUCACCGGCCUCACCAGGAAGAAGAGGGCAAGAGGAGGGAUGGGUUCUUGGUGCUGAACCUUUGAGAACUUCCUAGUAGGGAUUAGAGGGGUGCAGUUUGGGAACUCGUGCCCCCUAAAUACAUUUACUGGCCUCCUCUCAUAACUUUGGAGAAAAGAUGAUUCUGGAUCUUUUCUUCAAUUUUUUGUUUCAGCUACAAACUCCUGGGCUUUCUGGGGAGGGAUUCAGAGAAUAUCACAAAAACUGCAGCAGUUGCUAGCUGGUUCUCACAAACACUUCUGAGAUAGUCGCCUACAGGGAAAUCUAGGGGAGGCAGGAAACUCCACAGAUUUUCUUGCAAACCCUUCCUAAUUCUAUCACCACUGCCAACAGCCAUCCCCCCAGAGAUCUGGCUAGAGCCCAGAAAGAGAAGCAUGUGGUUUAACAAAAAAAACAAACAAACAAAAAAAUGUGUAAAUCAACCUAUAAGAAGUCAAAAGGCGAUGGAAAAGAUGAAGCUGGAGAGAGGGGACCCAGUUGCCAAGAUGGAAAGAGAGCUGCUGGAUCUUGCCUUCUGGGUGACAAUAGGGGACAUUGACAAGAUGACUUGCAAUCUAAGAUGUCACCAAACUACAAAAAUAACAUCACAGCCUUCAGAGAGACUAUGAGCUGCCUUUCUGCCCUCUAACUGAACAUGCAUGAAAGUCAAUAAACCCUACUUUUUUAAUUUUUAAUUUUUAAUUUUAUUUCUAUUUUUUUCCUCCCAUUUGCCUAUUUAUUUGCCCCUUCUCCCCAAUUUUCUCACAUGUCAAUGAGAUACUUGGGUUUCCUUCCAGGGGAUAGUUUUGCUUUCCAUGUGGGUUUUCUUUGGAGAAUUGAAUUCCAUACUAUUGGUAUAAGUUAGAUGCCUGCCAUGCCACUAUCUCUGGCAUCCUUGGGGCUUAUAUGCGACAAGAAACAUUGGCUCAGAAUGGUAGGAGAAAAAGAACCCAGUUUCUUUGACUUUCCUUUUGAGCAAGUACAUGUUCUACCUGGAAGCUCAACUGCCACACUCUGGCAUGAUAGAUUUACCCUGAGCUUCAUCGUGGACUGGAGGAAAACCAAAAUACUGGAAACACCCACCUGUCUUAUGGCCUGAUUGGCCCCUCACUGCACUAUUUGGAUGGUAGCCACUUUGCCUGACUGAAUCAAAAUUCCCUAGCUAGCCCUUACUAUUUGUUUUUUGACAGGUGAACAGUCAACAUAUAAGAAACUGAUCAUGUGAACUUCAUAUCAGAAUAGAAGGCUCAAGGAGUUGGACUCGGUGGCCAAUAUUUGCCUUCCAAAAAGGUCCACCUCUAGCAGAAGUUGCCCUCUUCACAGUUCUGUAACCCACAUUCCUUCCUUUGACAAGCACUUAUGAGUACUUAACUGUAUACCAGUCACUAUGUUUAAGAAAAGACAAGACUUGGUCCUUAAGUUCAUAGUCUAGGGGGGGAUGUUAAUCUCCAUUAAGUACCCCCCCUUAUCUGGACCUUGAAAAUCAUCUGAGAGACAGGCGAACCCCAAGGAGUCAGUUAAAAGAAGCCUUUGAUUACAGGUCCAGUCUGUUGUGGGCAGAAGAUCAAGGAUCAAUUAAGAUGGAGCCUGAAGAACUAUGGAAUCUUGCUUGUCUAGAGUGGGAAAAUCUACUUCUGUCAUUUUGGAAACCGAAUAGAACCAGAUUCCAGGCUGAGCUGCCUUAUGGUCUAAUAUGUCAGCACUCUGCAGUUCAGGGAUAUAUACCAGGAGCCUGGACCUAAGAGUUUGUUCUUCAGAGUCCUAAGUAGCACAAGACUUAUCAGGAUAUCAGGAUCUUUACCAAGAUUCUAUAACUUGGGCCAUUAUUCCACCCAACCUAGGAGUCGCACGACUCUUAACAGUAUAUUUUCACUUAGGUCCUCAAGAUGGUCUAGCUUGUCCCUUUUCCCCCCCUCUUCCCCCACAAAAGCUUCUAUAUUCACCUGGUAGUCCCAGGGAUGGCAGGGUCCUCUAUUCUGGAGACUAUUAUUGCUGUUGCUGCUAAUUCCGUGAGCUGUGAAGAUCCCUAACCAACUCAGCUGCAAAAUAUGCAAUUCUGUAUUGGGAAGAGGCUGUUUGUCCAAGGAUGGUGCUGAAAUCACUGCCUUAAGGUCUCUGCUGUGCAGAAUGAGAAGGCCCCAGAGCUGGGUGUUCCAACUUAGAAGGAAGGGGAGACUGGAUAGGCCUACUUUGGACAUAGGUCUCUUCUGAACCCUAGCCAAAGCUCCAGUGCCAUGGCAAGGCUCAGACUUUCGCUGACAUCCUCAUGCUUGAGCCCUUCAUUCUCUUUUCUGGUGCUGCUCAGCCAGUGCCUUCUGAAAUGGAUGUUACUGGCUACUUUAAAAAGAAGGGAAGUAGGAAAUGCCUUCUUCCAUUCCAGCUGCCUCAGACUGCAGAGGGAUUGUCUCUGUGAUAACCAUGGAAACCAUCGUGAAUUUUAUUUGGGUCUGCAGCAAGUUGACUCUGGAGGCCUCUCAUACUAUAACUUCGUUUCUAUUCCUGGAAUCCACCACCACCUUCUCUCUCAGUUGACUGCUGCAUUUAGUUCAGGCCUCCAAUGGCUGUUCUCCAGGAAGUAUGUUCCCAUCUAGUGAAGUGCUCUUGAAGCCUCUACAUUCCUUCUGGAGACUGGGACCCUGUUUACAGUUGCACAUCUGGGCCCCUCACAGUAGGAUCAACCAUCUCAUAAAGGGAUCAUGGUUCUGUGGCAGUUGCGGAAGGUUGAGCCUCCUCAUGGUGCUAAUAACCCCUUGGGAUGCUCAUCCAGACUUCUAAGAAGCAAAAAGCCUGAGCACCCGCUCACUGCCCAAGAAUUCCUGGCAAAGAGCAAACCCACAGCAUUCUUUCCAACCUACACACUUGCUUCUUGGUUGAGACUACUGGGACUCCUCAGAAAGGGAAAACUAGGACCCACAGCUAAAUUCUCAAUCUCCAGGCACCUUCAGAAGAAUGCAACCUAUCUAAUUCUGGAAUUUGUGCUAUCCCCUUUCCCUCUGACCCCCAGUUCCAUCCCUCACCAAAGUUGGCUAGUGAAGGACAUCAACCUUUGGAGGGCCUCUGUCCAGGAGAGAGGCUAACUAGAACCCCACGAGUUUGGGGAUGAAGACCAAUACGUUGUGUUCAAUGUGUUCGUUUCUCAGUCCCUACCUAGGCACUAAAAUAAAAUACUAGGUAUUGGAGGCUGC